AACCCUAGGCCCUAGUUCAACAAUCAGCCUUCGACCUUGAGCCCUGCGACUCAGCAGUCUCUCUGUCUCCACUCUCCACCGCGAUUCUCCAGUCUCCACUCAGCUCCACCGGCGGCCGGCCUUAAUCUUCUCCGUCUGACGUCUGCUACUCUUCAAGAGGAAUAGAAUUCCGUUUCCCUUCGGCUUUUCUAACCCGCAAAGGCCCAAACAUCAGAGUUGAAAAAUAGAAGAAUUUCAGCUUUUGAUUUCGAGUGACGCAUCGAUUUAAUGGAUCGACGUCGGCUAAUCAAAACCACCGUAGCGGAUACAAAUGCAAGUAGGGAUUUAAUAAGUUCUCUGCCGGUAGAGGUAAAGCACAGAAUUUUGGAGUGUUUGCCCAUCCGAUACGCUGCCAGAACUGCUCUACCCUCAACCCACUGGAAUCAUGUUUGGUUGCAGUAUGGGAGGCUUGCGUUCGAUUGGGAAUUCUCAAGUAGUGCCAGAUAUAGUGUCAAUAAGGGCCACGAUGAUAAAGGCAGAACUCUAGUUGACAUAAUAAAUAGUAUUCUCCUUUCCUGUGCUGGGCCGGUUAAGAAAUUUACUCUAGUGAUUCCAAAUUAUUAUCCCGAGCUGCGGGAGUCUGAUUUGAAUAGGUGGUGUCUUUUUCUAUCAAGAAAUGGUGUGGAGGAGCUUAACAUAUGUCUUUUUCAUUGUGGAGAGGCUGCAUUUAUGCUGCCAUUUUGUAUACUCUCGUGCCCGACAAUUAAGCAACUGAUUGUCCACGCUCCCUUUAUUGAUUUGCCAUUGGUGGUAUAUUUUCCAAUGUCACUUUAUUAUCUUUUAUGGCUGUUGAAUUUAGGCGCACUGUUAAUGGAACUGCAUCCAGUAUUAGUAUUCCUAACCUUAAGAGGUUGAAUUUCUUUGAUUGUCGAGGGAUUAAUAAAUUUGAGAUCAGCGCUUCAAAACUUGAAAUGUUGUCUGUUCGUGGUUCUGUGAAUAAUGUGGUUGAAUCAAGAUGGUUGACACCACAUUUGAAAGCAAUUAAAGCUCUUUGGUUGUGUGGCUCUUCCUUGCUGUAUAUCGACGCAUCUUUGUUUGCAACUGCAAUAAAUCUCCAAGUAUUGGGUUGUAUGAAUUACAUUUUGGUUGUGGGAAGCAGCUCACUGCUGCUAUGCAAUUGCUUCAAAAAUGCCCCAACCUAUGUGAACUGGGAACUACGCCUUAUCAGGAAGUAAGCAAACUUGAUAAAGAAGCUGCUUCAAGACUUUUUGAGGAUCCAAAUGGUUGCUUUAUUGUUCAAGAUCUAAAGAUGCUUAUAUCAAUCAAGAUUGACUCAUUUUGGGGAUCCACAACCGAAAUGCUUUUUGUGAAAAUGUUGCUUUCAAAAUCCCCCGCACUAGAGAAAAUUGUUAUUAUGGAAUCUAGUGAUAUUGACACAUCCAUAGCUGUCAAAAGCCUAAGGGAGUUGUUGCGUUUUCCUCGUGCAUUUACAAAAGCCCAAAUUGUUUGCUUGGAAAAUGACGACGAUGACGAUGCCUCCAUGUAUAGUUGGGCCAUGGGCGAAUUGUGGUCAAUGGAGUGGUAUUAGAGCGUGCCAAAAGACAAUUGUUAUACCAUGGAUUAGGGUUUAUAAUUUUAUAUUGCACGAAUCUUGAUACAAAAAUUUUGUACCUUCAAUUAACCCAUUUUGUACAUACUAUUAAUAGUUUUUUGAACAUGUAAACAAAUAACUUGAUAAUUGUUAAUACUUAAUAUGAUAAC